GUCAGGCCCCUUCGCUGGGCGUGGCCGAGGCGGCUGGCCGCGGUUGCCAGGGGAGGCCGUAAAGCAGCGCGGCGCCGGCGGCCGUAAAGGGGGCGGUGCCGGCGGCCGUAAAGCGGGCGGCGCCGCGGCGCGGCUGCCGAUUCAUGGCAGCGAUGGCGGCGGCCGGGCUGGUGGUGAACGGGGCGGAUGCGGCCGCGGGGCUGAAGGCGGCGGCCGGGAUGUACGAGCAGCUCAAGGGCGAGUGGAACCGCAAGAGCCCCAACCUCAGCAAGUGCGGCGAGGCGCUGGGCCGCCUCAAGCUAGCCCUGCUGGAGCUCAACUUCCUGCCUACUACAGGCACGAAACUGACGAAGCAGCAGCUUAUAUUAGCCAGGGAUAUUCUCGAAAUCGGAGCCCAGUGGAGCAUCCUGAAGAAAGACAUCCCAUCGUUUGAGAGAUACAUGGCUCAGCUGAAAUGCUACUACUUUGACUACAAGGAUGAGUUGCCGGACUCCGCCUACAAGCACCAGCUGCUAGGGCUGAACCUGCUCUUCCUGCUGUCCCAGAACCGCGUGGCUGAGUUCCACACCGAGCUAGAGAGACUGCCAGCGAAGGACAUCCAGACCAACGUGUACAUCAAGCACCCCGUCUCGCUAGAGCAGUACUUGAUGGAAGGCAGCUACAACAAAGUGUUCCUGGCCAAAGGCAACAUCCCUGCUGAGAGUUACACUUUCUUCAUCGACAUCUUAUUGGACACCAUUCGGGAUGAAAUCGCCGGCUGCAUCGAGAAGGCUUAUGAGAAAAUCCUCUUCAACGAAGCCACCAGGGUUCUGUUCUUCAACACCCCCAAGAAAAUGACGGAAUACGCCAAGAAGCGCGGUUGGGUUCUGAGUCCACACAACUACUACAGCUUCAGCAGCCAGCAGCAGAAACCCGAAGACACCACCAUCCCGUCGACAGAGUUAGCUAAACAAGUCAUUGAAUACGCCCGGCAGCUAGAAAUGAUAGUCUAGCAGAGCUCCAGCUGAACUCUUUCUCUGCCCCUCUGGCCCUGGUCCCCUUGUUAUUUUAGUAUCUUACUCCUGUUCCCAUCAGCCUGUCCCUUUUUAAAACUAUUUAAAAGGUUUCUCUGGGACAGCACAGUUACAAAGCAUGAGCGGCCAGGCUGCCUCGUUCCUUUAUGCAGUCAUGUCCUGUAGGCAGGGAGGGUCCUUAAGGGCUACACUGCUCUGGGCUUCUCUCGUUCAGCAGCAUGGGUGGAGGGCAAGACCCUUUUUAAAACCCUUCCAAACCCAAACUCUUCUCCAUGUGGAGGAUCCACUUUCCAGCCCAUAGCCCUUAGCACCCGUGUUCUGGAGGCUGUGUUACGGGUGAUGGCCUCUAUUCUACCUGCCUUUGUCGAGCAGGAUAGAGGGAGCAUGUCCGAUUCUAGUCAACAAAUGGUUAAGCAGCCCCCAAGAGCUGUCAGUAGUGUUUUGCUUUGUGUUCCCUGCUCCAUUUGUUGAGUCAUUUAAAGGGACUGUGUCAGUUUAAAUAAAACUAUCGUUUCUUGUA